GUGAAAGAGAGAGAGGGAGGAAGAGCUAGAAAGAGAUAAACCAAGAGAGCCCUCCAGAGCCACCACCAUCAUUCACCCCAGGACAGAAGGAGAGGUAUCAGGUUUCCACAGAGCGAAAGAGAGGGAGAAGGGGAGAAUGACUGUUCCAUGGAGGACAGGUGUUGUGGUGCUGCUGAAGCUUGUGUCUUCUGUAGGUAAGUGCCAACCCAGCCGUACUGUGGGAGUCACUUACUAGCCGUGGUGGAACAGACAGAAAUGGCGAUACCAUCAAAACGGAGGUGUUUCAUUAGAAUUUAGUGUCAGGGUUAAGGUUAGGGCAAUGGUUCGUUAAAGUUCGUUAAAGUGUCUGUUUGGUUAGAAAGUUUUGACUUCUGUGCUUUCUAGUGUGGCCAGGUAGUACGUUUUCUAUACUACCGUGUAUUAUUUCCUGUCCAAACGACCUAGAUUUGUACUCUCCCACCAUCACCACCUUCACCUCGUUUCCUACCCAGAGCACAGGUGGCUGGUGGUACCUUGAUUUGGGAGGACGGGAUCAUAGUAAUGGCUGGAACGGAAUACAUGGAAUCAGUGGUGUGUAUUCAUGGAUGCCAAGGGAAGCCAGGCGACCCAAACAAAUUGACAAAGAAAAAAAGAAAACAUUCGCAAGAGGCUGAAUGUAUCUCACCAGAGAAGGAUUCAGAGCAAGCGAAAUAGUGCCCCUCUGUCUCCGUAUGUGUAGGCCAUCUAUCUGAUGCUGUCUGGUCCAAAUAUGACAUUGUUGCCACCCGUAGCAUCGAGGGCAAGGGAAGCCAGCGAGCUUUUGGCCUCCCUUGAUAAAAAAAGAAAUAAAAUAAUAGCCAAUCAGCGUUGAGCUAAACUGAGUGAGCUCAACUGUGAAUUGGCCUGGCGCACCAAAAAAAAAGUGUAAAGGGAAGCCUGUUUGGAUUUGGCUACACUCCAAUCACAUCGCAUCAAGAGCAUAUGUCACUAACAGAAACUCGUUGUGCAUCUCGUUGUGUAGUUGUCCUCCGGUGGCUAGCUAGCUAGCCAGCCAAAAUUGGCCCUUUCCUAAAUUUGCCAUGGAUGGAGAUAGGGAUUUGGACUUGUGGUUUUACUUAAUUCUCCUUACUGGCCAAUGAUUAUAACGGCGAUUCUGAUCCAACAAUAAAUUCAUACAUUGUGCCCCUGGCCUGAGAGAAUGGAAGUUCAAUAUGUAGCUAGAUGUAGAAGGCAAAUGUUAACUAGCUAACGUUGCCCAUGAAAGGAAGUUAGUCUAGCGAGCAAGCUUUUUAGCCAGGUAGCCUAGGACAACAAAAAAUGAAACCGUGUACCGUAUGACAGAGUUUUUUUCACAACAUGUUUUUUCUACUUGCAAUAAUGCGAGAGAGAGAGAGAGAGACAGUGUUCAGUAUCUAGUUCAGUAUCCAUGCACCUGUUCUUCUAGUUCAGUAUCCAUGCACCUGUUCAACUGACUGUGUUUAUUUAAGCAAUAAGGCACAAGGGGGUGUUAUAUGGCCAAUAUACCACAGGCUAAGGGCUGUUCUUAAGCACGACGCAACAGAGAGUGCCUGGAUACAGACCUUAGCCGUGGUAUAUUGGCCAUAUACCACAAACCCCCGAGGUGCCUUAUUGCUAUUAUAAACUGGUUAGCAACAUAAUUAGAGCAGUAAAAAUACAUGUUUUGGCAUACCCGUGGUAUACGGUCUGAUAUACCACGGCUGUUAGCCAAUCAGCAUUCAGGGUUCGAACCACCCAGUUUAUAAUUAUAUAUUAUACCCCCCUCUUCCUCUACACUCAUCUUGUGUUUGAAUGACUGACUCUGUGCUCGUCUGUGUGCCCUGUCUGUGUGUUAAUGACUCUUCGUCUUCUGUGUGGCCUGUAGAGGCUUCAAUGACUGAACCGGUCAUCUGCUACAUACUGGACGGAAUCCUGCUCCUCUACUGCAUCAUCACCACCGCACUCUUCUUCGGAGCCAAGGUGGGUCACAAUACAGAUUGUAUACCGCUGGUCAGGAACUAGUUAUUCAAGUGUAUACAGUGGGGGUGAGUUUGUACACGGGUAAUUACAGAGGUGUGUUCCCGUAAAAUUAAAUACUGUGAGAGGAUGUAUUAUAGAUACUGUACAUGGAUAUAGAAGAGAGUCACUAUCUCCCUGUCUCUGCUUUCCCCUCUCUCAUUAUCUCUCAUGAUCUCUCGCUCAUGAUCUCUCGCUCUCAUCUCUUUCUCAUGAUAUCUCUCUCUCAUCUCUCUCAUCUCUCUCAUUAUCUCUCUCCUCUCUCUCUCCUCUCUCUCAUCUCUCUGUCAUUAUCUCUCUCAUCUCUCUCUCAUUAUCUCUCUCAUCUCUCUCUCUCAUCUCUCUCGCUCAUCUCUCUCUCUCUCUCUCUCUCUCCUCUCUCUCUCUCUCUCUCAUGAUCUCUCUCUCAUUAUCUUUCUCUCAUGAUCUCCCAUCUCUCUCUCUCAUGAUCUCUCAUAUCUCUCUCUUCUCGUUCAUUAUCUCUCUCUCAUCACCUCUCUCUCUCAUCUCUCUCUCAUGAUCUCUCUCUCUCAUGAUCUCUCGCUCAUCUCUCUCUCUCAUGAUCUCUCUCUCAUGAUCUCGCUCAUCUCUCUCUCAUUAUCUCUCUCCUCUCUCUCUCUCCUCUCUGUCAUUAUCUCUCUCAUAUCUCUCUCAUCUCUCACUCAUCUCUCUCUCAUCUCUCUCAUGAUCUCUCUCAUGAUCUCUCUCUCAUUCUCUCUCAUCUCUCUCUGAUCUCUCUCCCCUCUCUCUCUCCUCUCUCAUUAUCUCUCAUCUCUCUCCUCUCUCUCAUUAUCUCUCUCUCGUGAUCUCUCUCAUCAUCUCUCUCUCAUGAUCUCUCUCUCUCUCUCAUUACCUCUCUCUCUCAUGAUCUCUCUCUCAUAAUCUCUCUCAUCAUCUCUCAAGAGCUCUCUCUCUCUCAUCUCUCUCUCAUGAUCUCUCUCUCUCUCAAGAUCUCUCUCUCUUUGUCUGUAGUUGUGCAAGUCUUCACCUGAACCCAAAGAGGACUCCACCCAUGCAGUGAGUUCCCUACAAUGACCCAUACCUUUCAAUGUGUGUGUGUGUGUGUGUGUGUGUGUGGCAUCAUGGACAUGACAUGGUACUAACAUUCUGAAUAAAUGUAUUUUUUUAAGGAGCUCCAGCCAGGUGCUAAUGCUGACGACUUGGAGAAUCUGAGGACUGACCAACAGUCUGCAGCUACUAGACGGGUGAGUGAGUGAGUGAGUGGACAAUUAUGGCUGGUGUGUGAGAGAGGCCUUGUUCCAAUUCCGUGUCCAGAUAUCCGUGAACCCGCAUAGUCUUGCUAAUGUGUUUAUGUUUGUGGUUUCCCCUCUCAGAAGCACAAACAGGAAGCUAGUAGCGACACAUACCAGGUAAGGACUUCUCUUUAUACCACAAGCUUAUUAGCGUGCUGAGACGUUGCAGAACACUGUGACCCUGAAUGCAGCCAGUGUUUUGGAUAGGUUCCUCCACUUCUGCAAGCCUUCCAGGAGCUCUUAAUAUAUUAAAUGACCAAUACCAUUAAACUUGUAUUUUGUUCUCUAGGCCCUCCAGAAGGAAGAUGAUGGGAGUGAUGCUUACCAGGUGAUCAUGUCCAAGGGAAGGGUAAGAGUCCGUCUGGUCUCUCACAUGGAACAUGACGUUCAGGAAAUAACUCCUCCUGUGCAGAGUCAUGUCAACUAUGUAUCAACAUGUGACAUAGAAGAUUGAAAAAGUCAGGGGAGUGUAUGUACAGUGAGGGAAAAAAGUAUUUGAUCCCCUGCUGAUUUUGUAUGUUUGCCCACUGACAAAGACAUGAUCAGUCUAUCAUUUUAAUGGUAGGUUUAUUUGAACAGUGAGAGACAGAAUAACAACAAACAAUCACAGAGAAACGCAUGUCAAAAUAUUAUAAAUUGAUUUGCAUUUUAAUGAGGGAAAUAAGUAUUUGACCCCUCUGCAAAACAUGACUUAGUACUUGGUGGCAAAACCCUUGUUGGCAAUCACAGAGGUCAGACGUUUCUUGUAGUUGGCCACCAGGUUUGCACACAUCUCAGGAGGGAUUUUGUCCCAGUCCUCUUUGCAGAUCUUCUCCAAGUCAUUAAGGUUUCGAGCCUGACGUUUUGGCAACUCAAACCUUCAGCUCCCUCCACAGAUUUACUAUGGGAUGAAGGUCUGGAGACUGGCUAGGCCACUCCAGGACCUUAAUGUGCUUCUUCUUGAGCCACUCCUUUGUUGCCUUGGCCGUGUGUUUUGGGUCAUUGUCAUGCUGGAAUACCCAUCCACAACCCAUUUUCAAUGCCCUGGCUGAGGGAAGGAGGUUCUCACCCAAGAUUUGACAGUACAUGGCGCCGGCCAUCGUCCCUUUGAUGCGGUGAAGUUGUCCUGUCCCCUUAGCAGAAAAACAUCCCCAAAGCAUGAUGUUUCCACCUCCAUGUUUGACGGUGGGGAUGGUGUUCUUGGGGUCAUAGGCAGCAUUCCUCCUCCUCCAAACACGGCGAGUUGAGUUGAUGCCAAAGAGCUCGAUUUUGGUCUCAUCUGACCACAACACUUUCACCCAGUUCUCCUCUGAAUCAUUCAGAUAUUCAUUGGCAAACUUCAGACGGGCCUGUAUAUGUGCUUUCUAGAGCAGGGGGACCUUGCAGGCACUGCAGGAUUUCAGUCCUUCACGGCGUAGUGUGUUACCAAUUGUUUUCUUGGUGACUAUGGUCCCAGCUGCCUUGAGAUCAUUGACAAGAUCCUCCCGUGUAGUUCUGGGCUGAUUCCUCACCGUUCUCAUGAUCAUUGCAACUCCACGAGGUGAGAUCUUGCAUGGAGCCCCAGGCCGAGGGAGAUUGACAGUUCUUCCAUUUGCGAAUAAUCGCACCAACUGUUUUCACCUUCUCACCAAGCUGCUUGGCGAUGGUCUUGUAGCCCAUUCCAGCCUUGUGUAGGUCUACAAUCUUGUCCCUGACAUCCUUGGCGAGCUCUUUGGUCUUGGCCAUGGUGGAGAGUUUUGAAUCUGAUUGAUUGAUUGCUUCUGUGGACAGGUGUAUUUUAUACAGGUAACAAACUUAGAUUAGGAGCACUCCCUUUAAGAGUGUGCUCCUAAUCUCAGCUCGUUACCUGUAUAAAAGACACCUGGGAGCCAGAAAUCUUUCUGAUUGAGAGGGGGUCAAAUACUUAUUUCCCUAAUUAAAAUGCAAAUCAAUUUAUAACAUUUUUUACAUGCGUUUUUCUGGAUUGUUUUGUUGUUAUUCUGUCUCUCACUGUUCAAAUAAACCUACCAUUAAAAUUAUAGACUGAUCAUUUCUUUGUCAGUGGGCAAAUGUACAAAAUCAGCAGGGGAUCAGGUAGCUUAGUGGUUAAGAGCGUUGUGCCAGUAACUGAAAGGUCGCUGGUUCUAAUCCCCGAGCCGACUAGGUGAAAAAUCUGUCGAUGUGCCCUUGAGCAAGGCACUUCACCCUAAUUGCUCCUGUAAGUCGCUCUGGAUAAGAGCGUCUGCUAAAUGACCAAUUUAUUUUUUUAUUUUAUUUUUAUCAAAUACUUUUUUCCCUCACUGUAUAGGUUAUUUAUGUACAUUUGAGAGUUGGAAAGAUGAAAUCUCCACUCCGUGGAGUGUGGAUAGUCAUCAGGGUGUCAUAACACUGCUAUCAAACCUACAUGAGUAAGGGAAGACAAAACUAGGGCGACUCAAGUGAAAUGUUGUCCAACAUCUGUACAGUCGUGGUCAAAAGUUUGGAGAAUGACACAAAUAUUAAUUUUCACAAAGUCUGCUGCCUCAGUUUUUAUGAUAUACAUUUGCAUAUACUCCAGAAUGUUAUGAAGAGUGCAAAAGUCCCUCUUUGCCAUGAAAAUGAACUUAAUCCCCAAAACACAUUUCCACUACAUUUCAGCCCUGCCACAAAAGGACCAGCUGACAUCAUGUCAGUGAUUCUCUUGUUAACACAGGUGAGAGUGUUGACGAGGACAAGGCUGGAGAUCACUCUGUCAUGCUGAUUGAGUUAGAAUAACAGACUGGAAGCUUUAAAAGGAGGGUGGUGCUUGAAAUCAUUGUUCUUCCUCUGUUAACCAUGGUUACCUGCAAGGAAACACAUGCCGUCAUCAUUGCUUUGCACAAAAAGGGCUUCACAGGCAUGGAUAUUGCUGCUAGUAAGAUUGCACCUAAAUCAACCAUUUAUCGGAUCAUCAAGAACUUCAAGGAGAGAGGUUAAAUUGUUGUGAAGAAGGCUUCAGGACGCCCAAGAAAGUCCAGCAAGCGCCAGGACCGUCUCCUAAAGUUGAUUCAGCUGCGGGAUCGGGGCACCACCAGUGCAGAGCUUGCUCAGGAAUGGCAGCAGGCAGGUGUGAGUGCAUCUGCACGCACAGUGAGGCGAAGACUUUUGGAGGAUGGCCUGGUGUCAAGAAGGGCAGCGAGGAAGUCACUUCUCUCCAGGAAAAACAUCAGGGACAGACUGAUAUUCUGCAAAAGGUACAGGGAUUGGACUGCUGAGGACUGGGGUAAAGUCAUUUUCUCUGAUGAAUCCUCUUUCCGGUUGUUUGGGGCAUCCGGAAAACACCUUGUCCAGAGAAGACAAGGUGAGCGCUACCAUCAGUCCUGUGUCAUGCCAACAGUAAAGCAUCCUGAGACCAUUCAUGUGUGGGAUUGCUUCUCAGCCAAGGGAGUGGGCUCACUCACAAUUUUGCCUAAGAACACAGCCAUGAAUAAAGAAUGGUACCAACACAUCCUCCGAGAGCAACUUCUCCCAACCAUCCAAGAACAGUUUGGUGACGAACAAUGCCUUUUCCAGCAUGAUGGAGCACCUUGCCAUAAUGCAAAAGUGAUAACUAAGUGGCUCGGUGAACAAAACAUCAACAUUUUGGGUCAAUGGCCAGGAAACUCCCCAGACCUUAAUCCCAUUGAGAACUUGUGGUCAAUCCUCAAGAGGCGGGUGGACAAACAAAAACCCACAAAUUCGGACAAACUCCAAGCAUUGAUUAUGCAAGAAUGGGCUGCCAUCGGUCAGGAUGUGGCCCAGAAGUUAAUUGACAGCAUGCCAGGAUGGAUUGCAGAGGUCUUGAAAAAGAAGGGUCAACACUACAAAUAUUGACUCUUUGCAUAAACUUCAUGUAAUCGUCAAUAAAAGCCUUUGACACUUAUGGAAUGCUUGUAAUUAUACUUCAGUAUACCAUAGUAACAUCUGACAAAAAUAUCUAAAAACACUGAAGCAGCAAACUUUGUGAAGACCAAUACUCGUGUCAUUCUCAAAACUUUUCACCACGACUGUAGAAUAACUCUAAGGAUAUUAAUCUACCUACACUUCCUUCCUUCCUGGUUCUCUCCUCACAUGCUCGCUAGAAAGAAGAAAAAGAAGCCUCUCAGAGAUCCAGACCCGGCCCACUGCCUCCACACUGAUCUUACCCAGUCUGCCCUGCACUGAUCCAAUCUCUGAAGAGUACCUUCUAGACUAUUUUCUGACUUCUAUGUGUAUAGCAGUCUUCUACUCCUGAGCUCAACUCCCUGGCAUGGUAUUGCAUGUUACAACUCAGCAGAAAAGUGUGCAUGUCUUGUCAAUGUGUAUUAUCAUGUCAUUUGUUAGGUUCAUUAAUGGCUUUUUGUAUGUGGUAAUGUCAACAUUAUGACCGUAAUAAAAGACAGUGCACAUUCCAAUGUUAAAACACUUGGAAAAUGGUUUAAUGAUGUUUACAACAAAAGAGAACUGUACAGUUACAGUAAAAGAUUAUCUUUAUAUAUAUAUAUAUAUAUAUAUAUAUAUAUAUAUAUAUAUAUAUAUAUAUAUAUAUAUAUAUAUAUAUAUAUAUAUAUAUAUAUAUAUAUAUAUAUUAAAAAAUACAGCAGACAAAUACAUCAAAUCUACCAUGUAUCCUGAUUCACAUCCUGAAAAUGGGGGGGGGGGGGGUUGUAGUCGGAUAUGAGGCAUGUGUCCCCGUGGCAACAGUGAACAGUGUUCUAGUCCAUAGUGUAACGGUGGAACCGCGCGUCACAACGACAGCAUGGCUCCCAGAGUUCUAGAGUGA